AUGACAUUCCUCUCAUUCCGCACUUUCACUAGUUCCGGAAUUCCCUCCAAGAUCCCGCGCUUCACCCGCCCCACUCCUCCCCCUCUUCCUCCCAAACCGUCCAAAAUUCCCAGAUUCGCCCGCCCUACCUCUCCUACCUCUUCCAAACCCUCCGACCCGGCGAACAGCGGCAGCAAGUCCAUUUGGGUUAAGCUCCGAGCCAAAACCACGAAGUCGAUCUACUUGAACAAUGCCGACGACGCCGCCCUGGACACGAGCAAGUCCGACGCUGAGCCUGCUGGCAGCUCCCGCCGACCCGCUCGUAUCUGGAUGCACGUCAAAGGCCUUGCCAAGAGUCGCACUUCCCCUAUUAUCCCUACUUCCGUUCACCUCCCUCCUCCCGCUUCGUCUGCUCCUUCCUCUUUACCAGCGCUGACGUCGUCUUUUGAAGGGCCGAAGGAGCGUAAAGCGCCACUGAAAUCUUCUCGCCAGCCAUGCGCGCCUCUUCUUCGCCCUCAGCUCUCGCUCAGAGCACCACUCUCGCCCGCAUCCGCUUCUGUUACGACCGCCAAGAAGUCCAACGACCCGAUACCGGUUCUUCGUCCCCGCCUUCCACCGAAAGCCGAGCUCCAGACAAUCGUUGCCUUGACGUCCGACGAAAGAUCAGUCGCCACCCUGAAGGCUAGGUGUCUUCCCGGUCGAGUAACGAGGAGGGGACAAGAUGCGGCGGGUGCUAACAACGCCGGCAAUGGCAAGCUCGGGGCCAAGCAUGGCACACCGCGCUACUCCUGGGUCGUUGCCGCCAUCGACCGCGCCUUCCCUCCGCAAAUCGUCCUGAUCGCUCCUGACGAGGAAACGUCUUUCUAUCUCCACACGACCGCGCCGCAAGUCGAGAUUCGCCUUCGAGAGCUUGCGAGAGUCGACCCAUGCCAGCUGCUGAAGCUGCCUGAGUAUUACUAA